AUGCUUUAAAAGUCCUCUUAUACUCAACGUUUAAUAAAUGAAGGGUAACAAAAGAUCACUUUGAAAAAGUUAGUCAAAUUUGCACAUUAUGAAACCAUCUUCAAAUUUGUGUUCUUUCUCGUCUUAAGUAUUUGUUAAUCAAUCAACUUAUUUAGUUGUUAUUACCCUUUAUAGUUAUGAUAUCAUAUAGUUUCAGCAAUUCCUGUAAGAGAAGAACUUCAGAAGAUUUGAUUGCAGAGAUCUUAAAUGGCUAUUUGUUGGAUUGAUUUUGAUACAUGUACUAGUGCUACUUAUCAAUAGAUUACAAAAGAAAUAAAUAAGAAGGCUGUGACAGGUUAUGUGGAAAGAUAGCUAGAUUCAAAAUAUAUAGGAGCUGAUCGAUAGAUUAGAGUACAAAAAAUAGUGAAAUGGAUUUACGACACAGUAUAUUACUCAAGUGCAACUCUCUUUGCAUUCUUCACUUUUCGAGAUGAAAAGUGGUUCCCCAAGGAAUUUGGAGGAUCUAAUUUUAAGGAGACUUUAUAUGAUUUUCCUAACAUUCCUGAAGUACAAAUAUUACGUUAGAAUUUAAUUAGAACCCUUGGGUUCCAAUCUAUUAUAUGGUCUAAGCCUCAAGUCAUGUUCAUGCAUUGUUGUUACUAAUGGUUUAUGGUACGAAAAUAGAACUGAAGUAUUGGGAAUAUUUAUUACACCACUCUCUUGCUGUUAGUUUACUUUACUUUUCAACAAUGUACAACUGCGAGAGUAUUGGGAUUGUUGUACUGAUACUCCACGACAUCAGUGACAUAUUCUUGGCCUUAGGCAGAGCUUAUGCGGAUCUUGGUAAAACUAAGAUCUUAGUCUACCUUGGAUUCUCAUCAAUAUAAGUAUCUUGGUUGUACACAAGGGUUUACGUGUUCCCAAUUAAGAUUUAUGAUUGUUUGGUCAACCAUCCGUAAUUCUUGCCAUAUUGGUAAAACUUUUAAAUAUACUUCAGGGAAUAAACAAAGCAUGCCUAUUACAAUCAAAUUGGUCUAAUGGUGUUGCUGUUUGGUAUGCACAUCUAUUGGACAAUAUUUAUGGUGAAGGUGGGAUUGGGCAUUUUCUCGUCGGGUCGAUAUAAGAAUAUUUACGAUAAUAGAGAGAAUAAGUUGGAUCAUAAGAAAGAAAAUUGA